GAAGGGGGAGUUGGAGAUCUGACGGAAGAUACACAAAGGGGGAUGAAUAUUUCAGAGGCUUCUUAACGCGUUUCUAAUUAAAGACUUAGGCUUUUUAACCCACUUGGGACUUGAGCCUUACGUCUGCAGGAGGAAGAAUAAGAAGUGGCUGAGACCCUGCCAAAAGGAUCUAAGGGGAAAAACUUCAGGCAACAACACUCCCAAGGUUGCCAAGUGGACUUUUAUUGUUUUCCACCCACUUUCAAGUCGAUAAUAUCAGCCUGAACGCAGGCACCUCAUGCACAUCCUAUAGCCUAUAUAAGCAGAGACGGCACCGAAGCUGGAAUGGAGUAGUUUGAGAAUCCGGCGCGUGCACAGGGGGGGCCACCGGGAAAGUUUGGCUGCCGGUACUUGGUCUGCUUUUGUCCUGUCUCGCUAGAACAGAAUACAGUGGUCCGGUUUCCUGCAGCGACUCUCUGGGAAGAAGAGGCAGUGAAAUAGAAGUCCUGAGAAGGUGGAGGAUUUCUUUCCUGAUUGACUGCUUGCUUAACGCACCUCCUUUCCCAUCUUUGUGCUGAUUGAAAUGAGUGGACUGAAGUGUCCUGUUGUUCUGGGGCUGGCACUGUUAUUAUUGACAGUGGGACCUUGCCAAGGGAGGACUGAACCUCGAGAACUCAAGGACAGGCAGACUCUCUUAAACUUAAUCAUGGAGAUCAUCCAGGAACUUAAAAAAUACCAUUCGGGGGAGGACAACAGAUUGCAAUUUUUUAGCAAGCAUGACUAUACUUUGGGCAGGAGAGAAAUCACUGACUAUGGAGUUUAUCCUGAUGAACAAAGAGUUGAAAUAGUUCCUCGAGAUUUGCGGAUGAAAGACAAGUUUUUAAAACAUCUUACAGGUCCUCUAUAUUUUAGCCCCAAAUGCAGCAAACACUUCCAUAGGCUUUAUCACAACACUAGGGACUGCACCAUUCCAGCAUACUAUAAAAGAUGUGCCAGGCUUCUUACUCGAUUAGCUGUCAGUCCGGUGUGCAUGGAAGGAUAAGGAAGCAGAGCCAUAAAGCAGCAGAAUGUCAAGAACCAUGAGAAGUGCCUUGGAACCUAACAGGGAAAUCUAACUUCAUACCUUUAUAAACAUAUUCCAUUGUGAACAAGAGAUUUAUUUUUGCAAACUGACAGACUCUUCCAUAAUUCCUUCAACUUGUGUUUUGAAUAUUGUCAAUACUGUUAUAUCUACCAGUUCUACUUAAUAUUUUCUUUUAAAAGAAUAAUAGUAACACUCCACUUUCUACAUAUAGUCCUUCUAAAUAAUGAAUAUAGGGUUUGCCCAAAAGAAUAACAUUUUCUUUAUUGAGGACAUUUCAAGGAGCAUUCUUUUGAAAUAUAAGAGUUUACACAAUAAUCUGUUACAAUAAUAUAUGGUGAGGUUUCAUGACAAUUUAACAUUUUGCUAAUUCUCCUAAAACCUAAUUUAAAAUUGCAUGAAAAAUACAAAAGUAAACUAAAAAAAUUCUUUUGGAGGCAAGUGGAGUAUGAAUUUGUAUGUGGGAAGGAAAUUACAAUCUAAGCUAAUUCUUCUUUUUUUUUUUUUUGUAUAAUACCUGUAUAAAACAUUCCAGCUAAUGUGCAAUAUGUAAAUAAUGUAAAUAAGCAUAAGUAAUAAAUGAAAUGUUUGGUAUAGUAUGCUGUCCUUAUUAUGAGUUCUUUUCUUUUCAGCUUCCUUGUGCUCAAUAUAGUGAAUUCAAGAAUUUUACCAUCAAAUAAUCUUAAUGAUAAUAACUAUAGCACUGAUUAAGUAAAAAAUAGAAAAAAAGGAAAUAAUUUCUAAGAAUCUUUAACUACAAGUAACAAAAUUAACAAAUGGAAUUCUUAGUUUCCCAGUAAAGAAAAAUAAAUUAUUUAAUAGAGGAUAUGAAUGAGAUUAAUACAGUAGCAAAUAUGGCAAGUGCUAUAGUAUUUACCACUCUUCACAGAUGAUUUAUCAGUCCUCAAAAGAGUAUAAACAACCUCUGAGACCAUCAAUUUUAAUACAUCCAUCUAAACCUUUUCAAAUGAUGAGAAUAAAUUCUCUUCCCAAAGGUUUCUGCAAAAUUCAAGUUGUGCCAUGUCAACAUGCAAAAACCAAUAUGAAGAAAGUCAGUCAGCUGUAAGAUUCAAGAGGAAAGAAAGGUCAGUAACGCAAUACAAUUUCAGAGAGGAGGGAAAGUUCUGAGGUCAUCAAUCCCAACCCCGUUUAAUUUACAGAUAAAGAGACUUAGCUAAGUCAUAAUAUGAGUCAUUUCAAAGUUAAGACUUAAAUCCAGUUCCCCUGGCUAGAAUUUGAAGCUUUUAAAGUGUUUGAAAUUGGAUUUAAACAUAAACUUCUUGACUCCAUUCCAGCAUUCUAUUUACUAUGCCACUUAGCUGAACCUAAAAAAAAAUACAUUUAUUUGUGAGUACGAAUAAACCAAAUAAAAAACCAAAUCCUAGGAACCUUGUUUAAGAAACGAUCUAUAUGUAUCCAUCUAUGGCAGGGGAUGACAAUGUACUCCAAUUUAUAGCUUUAAACUUUAUCAUAUUAAAUUUAUGAUUUUAAUAACCUAACCAAAACAGAUAAGUUUGCCUAAGAAUGGUUCUAUAGGAUCUACUUUCUACAUCUAGAUGGGGAGACCAUUUUUCUGCCAAGGGCCAUUUGAAUAUUUAUAACAUCAUUCAUAGGCCAUACAAAACUAACAACUUAUAGAAUUCAAGCGGUGGGAGGUAGUUCUAUUUAGCUUUCAGCUCAAACCUUAUAUUCAUUAUUUAUGAAUGUAGUUAAUUAUAUAGGCCUUAUCCUGCUCACAAGCCAGAAAUUCCCCAUCCCUGUUCUACAUCUAUGACAAUAGAAUAACAUUUUGAAUUUACACUUUACUACCCAUGUGGGAACUGUCCUUAAGAAAACUGUCCAGAAGAAUAUUUAUACCUAAAAAAAUACAUAUCAAGGAAAGCAAUAAUGAAGCAAGAGUUUCAAAAAUAAACUUUCAAAGCAUUUUUAAGUGGGGAAAAUGUCCAAAGAAUGAAAAAAAAAAUCAACUAAUAAUUUGUAAUUAUCAAUCUACAUGCCUAUUUUACCAUUCCUUUAAACAGCCUAAUAAAAACAACCUGGGUAAUCCAGUUAAAAAUGAAAAGGGGAUGGGAUGGAACCAAGAUGGUGGAAAAUAGGAGGAAACUCAGCAUAACUCUCUCAAAUCUUCCAUCCAAGCAACUUUAAAAUAAGACCUCAAAUCAAAUUCUGGAGUGAGAGCCAACAGAAGGGUAGAUGAGACAUUUUUCCAUCCCAGAAGGUUGACAGGAGAGAUCACAGAGAGCACUAAGCACUGGCAGCUGGAUGAGAGCAAAGUUCUUUACUGGGUAAAGACCAGAGCACAGUCAAGGAGAACGAUUAAUAUAUUUCUUGUUAAAUCAAACCUCUUUUAAAGAAAUGAAACUAUAGACUCCCAUUACCAGCUCUGAUAAUAGAAACACAAAACUUGAAACUUGGAAAGUGAUACUUCUAGUCCAGGAGCAGAUUGAACUUUAACAAUGUUAAGAAAUAGUCUGGGAAAAUGAGCAAAAAUAAUGACAACAACAAUAAAAGUAUUUGAUCAUAAAAAGUUACUAAGAUAGAAUCAGGAAAGACUAAAAAAAAGUAGAACUAGGAAGAAUCAAAAUACAAAUUUAGAAAUAAUAGAAAAGUAGAAACAGAAAAAAUCUAAAUACAAAUUUAGAAGACACUGAUGUCAACAGCCACCAGCAAUACAAAGAAAUAUAUGAAUUGAACAUGUCUAACAAGAAUUCCUGGAAUUGAUCAAAAAGCAUCAGCAAGCACUAUCUGUAACAGGAAUAAGGUAGAAGUCUUUCAAAUAUUAUCAGGGGGUGAAGCAAUGAUGUUCAAUAUAUUACUACUGUUCAAUAUUGAAUUAGAAAUGCUAACUAUAGCUUUAAGACAAGAAAAAGAAACUGAAGGAAUUAUAACUAACAAUGAGGAAACAAAACUUUCACCCUUUUCAGAUGAAAUAAUGGUGUACUUAGAGAACCCUAGAGAAUCAAUUGAAAAUGAGUUGAAACAAUUUUUUCUAUAAUCAUAUGAAAAACUGCUCUUAAUCACUACUUAUUAGAGAAAUGCAAAUCAAAACAAUUCUGAGGAGGUACCACCUUACACCUCUCAGAUUGGCUAAGAUGACACAAAAAUAUAAUGAUAAAUGUUGGAGGGGAUGUGGGUAAACUGAGAUACUAAUACACUGCUGGUAGAGUUGUAAAAUGAUCCAAUCAUCCUAGAGAACAAUCUGGAACUAUCCCCAAAGGGCUAAAAACUCUGCAUACUCUUUGACCCAGCAGUAUUGGGUCUGCAUCUUAAGAAAAUUAUAAGAGGAAAAAGAUGCCACACAUGCAAAAAUGUUUGUAGAAGAACUUUUUAUGGUGGCAAAGAACUGGAAAAUAAGUAGUUGCCCAUCAAUUGGGGAAUAGCUGAAUAAGCUAUGGUAUAUGAAAGUAAUGGAAUAUUAUUGUUCGAUAAAAAAUGACUAAGCCAAUUUUAGAAAGGCCUGGAAAGAUUUAUACAAACUGAUGCUGAGUGAAACAAGCAGAACUAGGAAUACAUUUUACACAGUAACAAAAAUGUGCUAUAGUCAACUAUGAAAGACUUGAGUCUUCUCAGUGGUUCGGUGAUCCAAGGCAACUCCAAUAGACUCUGGAAAGAAAAUGCCAUCUGCAUCCAGAGAGAGAACUAUGGAAACUGAAUGUAAAUCAAUACAUACUAUAUUUACUUUUUUUUUUCCCUUUUCUUCUGUGUUUUUUUUUCUCUCUUGAUUUUUCCCUUUUCUUCUGUUUUCCUUCCAACAUGAUUCAUAAAGAAAUCUGUAUUUAAAAAAAUUAAUUUCCAUGUAUAACCAGAAAAAAAAUUUAAAAAUAUAAAUGAGUCAUUCCUCAACUGAAAAAUAAUUACUGUACUGUUGGUAGAGAUAUGAACUGAGCCAAGCAUUCUGGAAAGUAAUUUGAAACUCUGCCUCAAGAUCUCUAAAACGAUGCACAUCCUUUGACUAAUCAGUACUGUCCCCAGGUCUAUAUUCCAAAGAAAUCAAAGAAAAAGGAAAAGGACCUAUAUAUACACAAAAAUAUUUUUAGCACCCCUUUUUGCAAGGGCAAAGAAUUGGAAAUUGAGGGGAUAGCCCACCAAAUGUGGACUUGAAGAACAAAUUAUAAUAAUAUGAUUGUAAUGGAAAAAUACUGUUGUGCUAUAAGAAAUAAGGAACAGGAUGCUUUCCCAAAAAACCUUGGAAGACUUAAAUGAAUUAGAACAAAAUGAAGUGAGCAGAACAAGAGAGGACUGUAUAUAGUAAUAGCAAUAUUGUAUGAUACUCAACUGUAAAUGAUUUCACUAUCCUGAGCAAUACAACUAAGAUAAUUCUUUAAGAACUUAAUGAAAAAUACUAUUUACCCCCCAAAAACAAACUGAUAGACUGUGAAUUAAGAUUAAAGAAGAUUAAAGUGUGUGUGUGUGUGUGUGUGUGUGUGUGUGUAUUUACUUUCUUUUGCUUGCCUUUUUUUAAACAUGAAUCAAAAACUCAAUUUUUUUUUUCCAAAUGAAUCUAAAAAUAAAUAACAAAAAGAAAAUGAGAAGGGAAUUUCAGAUCUUUUUUCAAUGUAUCAAUUAUGAUUUUUUUCUUCUUUAUCUUUAAAAAACUAUAACUUAUAUUGGAAAACUCAGAGGGAAUGAGGGAGAGAUACUUGGACAAACUUGGUGAUAUAAGACUUCAAUAAAAAUCUGUUUAAGGGUUUUCACAAAUGAUUCUAUAUAGCACAUUUUCAAUCAAGAUCUCUUCAAAUUUCCCCAUAAAUAUAAAAAUCAUAUAAGUAAAUAAUGAUCAGUCAUUCUCUAUUAAUAUUUAAUAAAGGAAUAAAAUAGGGAGACAUAGAGUCAACAGUGAUGCUCAGUUACUAUUAAGGAGAUCUUACAGAAAGUCCACAGGGGGGAAAAAAAAAUUUUCUUAACAAUAAUGAGGUUCUCUACCUGACUGUAAAUGAUAUUAAGUAAUUAUAUGGAUUCCUGGAAGUCCAUAAGAACUGCUCAAUGUCAUCCACAAGUGAACAAAGAACAUAUAUUGCUAGGUAAUAUAUGCAGUUAGACAUCAGACUAAAUUAUUAUAUCAAUACUCAAGAGUUUAAAUAGUUGGUGAAGGUGUAUAAUGAUCUGGGUUUAUAAUUUAAUAUGAAAAGAAAAAAGUUUCGAUUUGGGAACUGAACAACACUUUUUAGCAAUCCCAAGACAUAUCUUUAUGAUUUUUUCAUUAAGAUAAUCUAAAUAAUGUCUCAUUGUAGCACAUCAGGGAACACGAUAAUUUUAAAAUAAAGGCUACAGAUUGAUCAAACAGUAGUGAAAAGAAAUAUAGUAGCUAUGAGUAGGGUUACAGAGAUAAGAAGGUCAGAUCUAAAGAAAGAGAAAGAAAAGAAACCAGAAUCAAUAAGGAAGGACAACAUAGCUCUCCUAAUCCCUUUCAUACUCCAGUGAGAAUUACUGUCACACAUGGACAAGACAUCAGCAGCACUUGUGGGUUUUAUUAUCCCUGCUCCUUUGUUUAAUCCUUUUUUUCUUCUCAUUAGCUAGUUUCAGAAAAUUACUUUUUGUCAUCUCAAAUGAAAACCAUCUUAACCUCGUCCUUUAAAAGUGAGAGACUUUCAGAGACUUCUUCAACUAUGUGAAAGUAAUUUGUUUAUAUUUUUAUUCCCUAGUUUCAGAGGUCACUACAUAUAUACAUUACAAUUCACAUCAACAAAAUUUUCUUAAAAUCACUGUUACAUUUUUUUCCAUUUCUUCAGCAACAUAAAAAGUUAGGGAUAAGACCUGCAUCUCAAGAUCCUUUUGUAAAUUUUUAUUUAUUUUUAAAACAAUUAAGUUUUGUGAAGCAUCCAAAUGAAUUUAAAAGUGCAAUGCCUUCAAUGUGAUAUUAUAUACAUUAUACAAAUUUAUUGAAUACUGAUUAAAGAAAAUCUACUAAGAUACUCCAAAUUUCUCUUAAGUACUAUAUUUUAACUAUAUUGUGUUGUUAUUAUAAUUAUUGCUCCUUUUGAUCCUAAUUAUUCAGUUUAUUUCAUUAUUCAUGCCUGUGUAUAGUUGAAGUUUCAGAUAAUGUUGAAAGCAAAAUAACUCAUCUCAAAUUGAUAAUAUAAGCAUCCACAUGACAUAAAACAUAAUGUUGUUGUUCUUCAUUUUCUAGAAACCAAAAAUUUGAGGAAAACAAUGGAAGUCAAAGAAAAAAUAAAAUGACUUUUCUUUAAAAUAAAGUUCUUAUAUACAUGGCGUCCCAAAAGAUUUAAUGACUUAAAACUGUAUUAUCACUUUUGGGAUACCCUGUAAAAAGAUCAGCAGACUAAUCAAAUCUUAGAGAUUACAUAAUAAUUUCCUCUUAUUCCCUCACCUUAAAGUGUAAUUGUAUAAAAUUCACAUUACAAAUUCCCAUGUUUAUUUUAAUAGACA